CUUAAAGUGACAGAGCAAUCAUUAGCAAUGUCGUAAAAUCUUCAAGUCUCAAUUAAAAACAAACAAAAUAUUCGCCUUGAAUUUUACGACAAAGUAUUUCCAAGUUUUCUCGACGUUUCUCAAUGUGGAACUCUAUGUGCUAGAGUCUUUGCGUAACUUUUUUGUAUCUUUUAUUUUUCUAGUGUUUUAGCGUUUAUUUAUUUAAACAAGAAAAUUCUAUGAGCUCUUCAGACCAACCAUCAGACCAAGACGACGCUUCAAGGAUAAACCAAGAGGCUUCGUCUAGUAGCAACAACGAAACCUCCACCCCUGACAAUAAGGAGGACGAGAUGAAACGUGCUGCUGCCCGAAAGCUGAUUGAACGAUAUUUUUACCAAUUGACCGACGGUUGUGGGAACCCCGCGUGCAAGAACAAAUACUGCGCCUCGAGCGGGCAGCUCAAACCCCUCACACCAGACGAGGCAGCUGCACAAGCCAUUCAACUCUUCUCUCAGGAAGCGAUUUUGUGCGAGAGACACCCCAAUAAAAUCCCGAGGACUAACAACAAAAUGCUUUCGUCGGAUUCAGACGAGUCGAUCAAUCGCAAAAACGACGUGACACCAAAUAAUGAGAUUUUGGCCGGGAAUGAAAGUUAUAUUAAACUCAACACAACUAAUAACUCGACUAGUUACCUGACGGAACAAAUGCUCUAUGACAUUAUCGACGAGUGUGAGUCGACUGAAUGUUAUUUAAGUCUCAUCCGGAAGUUGGGCGAAGUCUUCAGUAGCAUAGAAAACCUCUCUCGGAGUUUUCAACAGACCGAUAAAAGCCCCAAUGAGACAAACCUCGACGAGACAGGCCUCAAGAAAGAGGACGUGAGGUCACUGGAGGGCGAGAAAGACAAAGACGAGGACUCCUCCGCGGACACCUCCGAUGGGAGCAUCCUCCCGGUGGACCUUCCCUCGGUUCGGCGCGCCUACUCGGCCCUUUUCAAGCUCAAAACUUCAAUUUUUGAGCACUCGUUGGUCAACGCUUUGGUUACUUUAGCCGGGAACCUCCAGAUGGAGCUGCCGACGCGAAAGGAGUGCGGAAAUCAGGACGAUGUCGUCAAUGUAUUAUUGAUAGUUUUCGAAAUCCCGGCUUUGGGUUCCGGUGAUUUUCUCGAGACGGCGCUGCCGGCCAUCUGUAGGGCUUCCGAGUGGCUGCCGGUGGAAGUCCAGGCGAAAUUGGCCCGGAUUUGGUCGGGGACGGGACGUUCGAGUCUUAGGAACAUUUUGGAGAAUUUACAGCAGUUGGUGACACUGAGGGUGAUCGUGACGCAGUUUCAUAGGGAUUUUUAUGUACAGGACGAGAAUGUUAUCACGUCAGCGACGAAACUGAUGAAGAUUCUUUUUUAUGCGAAUAUUUUGGCGGGCGUUUUGGAGUCGCCGGAUUUGCGGAAUGAAGAGUUGUCCAUGUCGAUGGAUGACUCGUAUGUCGCUAUUAAGUUGAAUAAAACCCAACCACCAGUUGAUCCUUUAGCUGCCGAGUUGGGAGUGCACGUCUUAGACUGCCGCAAACCUUAUUUACCGUUCUCUGAAUUCUAUAACGAGCCUUUGAGUGAUGGCGUCGAAAUGGAUCGAGAUUUUGCCAACUAUAAGAGCGAACUUGGGAAGUUUAGUUUUAUGAAUUAUCCGUUUAUCUUGACGCCGGCGACCAAGAUGAUGGGUUUAUAUUUUGAUAAUCGCAUUCGGAUGUAUUCGGAAAGACGGAUUAGUAUUUUACAGUCGGUGACAGGACAACCUUCUAAUCCUUAUUUGAGGUUGAAGGUUAGGAGGGAUCAUAUAAUUGACGAUGCUUUGGUUGAGCUGGAGAUGAUAUCGAUGGAAAAUCCGAACGAUUUGAAAAAGCAGCUGGUGGUGGAGUUCGAAGGAGAGCAAGGAAUCGACGAGGGCGGCGUCUCAAAAGAGUUUUUUCAAUUAGUAAUCGAAGAAAUUUUCAAUCCUGACUAUGCAAUGUUUACAAGUCAGAGUGAGACAAGCACAGUUUGGUUCAAUCCUACAAGUUUCGAAAGUGACGCUCAAUUCACAUUAAUCGGAAUAGUGUUAGGACUUGCCAUUUAUAAUAAUGUUAUCUUGGCCGUGAAUUUCCCUAUGGUACUUUACAGGAAACUGUUAGGUAAAAGGGGGUCAUUUGAAGACUUACAAGACUGGAAUCUUACUUUAUAUAAUAGUUUAAAACAAUUGUUGGAAUAUAAUGAGCCUGAUGUGGAAGAGGUUUUUAUGCAGACGUUCCGAAUUAGCUACCAAGAUGUGUUCGGUUCUAUUAUAAACUACGACUUAAAAGAUCGCGGCGACGAAGUCAGUGUCACACAAGAAAAUAAAUACGAAUUUGUAGAUUUGUACGCCGACUUCUUACUAAAUAAAUCAGUAGAAAAACAGUUCCGUGCCUUUUACAAAGGGUUCCAAAUGGUCGUAGACGAGUCCCCCCUGGAAUUACUAUUCCGUCCGGAAGAAAUCGAAAUAUUGAUUUGCGGAAGCAAGAAUUUCGAUUUUGACGAGCUCGAGAGUUCGACCGAGUACGAUGGGGGUUACACCAGCGAAAGCCAAAUUAUCAAAGACUUCUGGUCAAUAGUUCACGCUCUCUCCUUCGAAGACAAAAGAAAGCUACUCCAGUUCACCACAGGGUCGGAUCGAGUACCGAUUGGGGGUUUGAGUCGACUCAAAUUGGUAAUUGCAAGGAAUGGUCCCGACUCGGAUCGAUUACCGACGGCACAUACUUGUUUUAAUGUUUUAUUAUUGCCGGAAUAUUCGUCGAAAGAGAAACUUAAAGAUAGAUUGAUCAAAGCCAUAAGUUAUUCGAAAGGCUUUGGCAUGUUGUAAAUUGAUUUUUGCUUGUGAAUACUUUCUUUUCGAAAUAGAAAAUACGAUUUCAGUUGUUUACUAACAAAAGUUGUAUUUUGUUUGAGUAACUUAAUAUAAUUAUUUAAAAAAUAA